UGAAAUAAAAAAACAUUUGAUGCACGUGACAGUAUUUAAUAUAUAAAUGGUAUUUGUUUAUUUUUUCUUUAGUUUAGAAGUUAGUGAAUAGAGAUUCAAAAAAAUGAAGGCGGCUUAUAUUAUUACACUACUACUACCUGUUGUAUUAAGUUACAAAGGUAACUUAAAUCCUCUUUCAAAUGACUUUAUAAACUAUAUCAAUAGCAAACAAAGCACAUGGGUUGCUGGAAGAAACUUUGAUGAAAAUCUUUCAAUCCAAGAGAUCAAAAAUUUAUUAGGAACAAAAACAGAGAGAUUAGGAGUCGCUAAAGAAUUUUUACACAGUGAAAAUAUUCAAGUUCCUGAUUCUUUCGAUGCAAGAGAAAACUGGAAAGAGUGUUCAGAUGUUAUCAGCACUGUUGUAGAUCAAUCAUCUUGCGGAUCUUGCUGGGCGGUGGCUGCAGCUUCUGCAAUGAGUGACAGACGAUGCAUAGCCUCCGAGGGAAAGCUAAAAGUACCUGUUUCUGCUGAAAAUCUAUUGUCUUGUUGCGAUUCCUGUGGAUAUGGAUGCGAUGGAGGAUAUCCAGAAAUGGCAUGGGAUUAUUGGCAAGAUACAGGAAUUUCUACAGGAGGUCUUUAUGGCAGCAACCAGGUAACCUUUUCUAUUCAUAAUAAUUUCAAUAUAGAAGAUAAAUUAUCUACAAACCAUGGUUCGACAAUUUUGAAAGUAGAUUAUUUGACUAUCCAGGUCGACCAUCUUACGAUACAAUGCAGCACUUUGAACUACGAUACACCUUCUUGCAAAAAGCAAUGUGACGAUCCCGCACUCAACUAUAAUUCAGAGAUAACUUUUGCUUCAAGUUCAGUGGCUCACUUCACUUCUGUUCCUAAUAUUCAAAAAGAAAUAUUGACGAAUGGUCCGGUAGAAGCAGCUUUUAAUGUGUACAGCGACUUCGUGAAUUACAAAAGUGGUGUUUAUCAACAUGUUGCCGGCACAUUAUUAGGAGGACAUGCUGUCAGAAUUUUAGGUUGGGGAGAAGAGAAUGGAGUUCCUUAUUGGUUGGUUGCUAAUUCAUGGAAUGAAGAUUGGGGAGACAAGGGGUUGUUUAAAAUACGUCGCGGACAUAAUGAAGCAGGUUUCGAGAAAGGUAUUGUUGCUGCACUUCCAAAAGUCUAAUUGUAAACAAAAUAUUGGUAUUACGUUUAGUUACGUUUUAUUUUAAAUAAAAAACUUGAUUUCUAAGCAUGUGUUUUA